GUACAAUCGAACGUUGUACUCUUGAAAAAUUUCAAGCCGAGACUAAUCUUGUAAUACUCCGAUAUCAUAGAAUUGUAAUUAUUGAUAGUAGUAGCUUAGUCCUAUGGCAUUUAAUUUGAAAUAAUCUAUGCGUAUGGACAAAAUCAACGCAAAUUGGCUCUUUUUUCUUUAUAUUUAAUCUUGUUGAAGAGGCUACUUUAAGAUCUUUGUUGAACAGAUGAAGAAGAGAGAUAGAGAGAGGUAACAAGAUAGUCGUAUUCUUAGUGUUUUUCUUUUAAUGAAAAGGAGUCUGUCUUUUCAACUCUCUCUCUCUCUCGCUGUUUUCUCAACUUUCUCCCGCCAAUCUUAAUCCUUCUCAACUUUUGAUGUAUCAAUCUCUACUCUAUUCGCAGAAUCAUUCAAUAGAAGGGAAAGAGAGAGAAAAGUGGACAGUACUCGAAAUAAAGUAAUUUUAUUUAUUUUUCCUAUUCAGAUUUUGGAUUAAGUAAUUCUAUUAAAGUGAAAACUGAAGGAAACGUUGUUCUACCCCAGGAACUUUGUGUCACACAAUGCGGAAGUCCAGCCUAUGCGGCUCCAGAACUAUUAGGAAAUGAUAAAUACGGACCGCAAGUUGACGUUUGGAGCAUAGGCGUCAAUAUGUACGCUAUGCUUACUGGAACUUUGCCGUUUACUGUCGAUCCUUUCAAUAUCAAGACCUUGCACGCUAAAAUGCUCAAAGGAUCGAUCAAUAAGAUUCCGGAUAAUCUUAGUGAAGAUUGCAAGCAGUUAAUUCAUCAGUUUUUGAUUGCCGAUCCGAACAAGAGGAUCACUAUUGAAGGAGCCUUGAAGCACGAUUGGAUUACGAAACAAUCGACGGACCCUCUUGAAACUGCUCCCUUUCCCAAUAAACUUCGAUCUGACGAUCUGGACAUGACCAUCAUCAAACACAUGACUUAUAAAAUGAGUUUUCGUCUAAGUGACGUUAUCAGAUUGGUCAGUAAUAAUAUACCAAACACUAGUAGUGCCACCUAUCAUCUGUUGGUUCGUCGCCUCGAAAAGUUCAACAAUAGAGAGAAAUUGGCGGCGACUGUUUUGAGCGCUGGAGAUAUUUUAGAAUUUGGAAAUUCGAAUAAUAGAAAGGACGAGAAUAAAAACGUUGAAAGAGAGGAAGUCAAACCGCCAAAGAGGCUGACUAGUAUUAAGAAUGCGGAGAGAAAACUUCAAAAGCGGCGUGUCAUGAAGGCCAAUCACGUUCUGGGAAAACGAACAGAAUCAAACAACUCCGACCACAACAACAAUCCUCCACCGAAUCCGUCCAAGUCAACAGAACCAAAAAUUCUUCCAAUACUUCCCAAUAGGAAGUCAAGUAUAACCAGGGCUAGUACGGGCCUAUCAACCGAUAUAGUCAAGUCACCAAAAACUCUUGACGAAAGACGAAUUGGCACUGCGAAAAUUUUCCCUUCAAUGACGUCACCGAGAACUUCUUCAACUUCAAGAUAUAGUUCGGCCCUUUUGCCUAGAAGACGUACGUCUACAAAUUCCUAUUUGCCUUCCAUAUCCUCUGAAUUAAACGACUAGUCAAUCAAGGAAACAAAGACGCGAAAAGAGGGAAGAAAUGCUUCGUUGUUAAUCCUCUUUCAAGUUUCUUUGUUCAAACUGAUCAAAUCUUAUAUGAAUAGAUUUUUUAUAUCUAUAUUUAUAUAACUAUUAUAUAAAUAUUGUAUGAAAACCCUAAUUUUUAUCCCAUCGUUUUUUGCCCCCUCAUCAAUUCUGUUUUAAACUGCAAAACAACAUUACGAACAGAAGAUGAACAAACAAUUAAAUAAACAAACAGACAGACUAACAGAAUAUUCAGCUUAUAAAUAGGUUGUUGUACCACGUCUCUCUAUCUUUUCCUACUUCGGUCUCCCUCAGUCUGCCUGACGCCCGUGACAAACAACCUCCAUCUACUUUGUAAUAUUUUUCUUACAAGUCCACCGUAAGAAAGAAUAUCUUCCUUAUCCUGAUUCUCUGUCAAACCGCUUAUGUUUGCUACUGACAAAAGGAACUUUAUGUCCUGGCUCUUCACCUGCAUCUUUCGUAAAGAGAGCAUUUAGACGACGAACGAAGAAAGGAAGAAAGAGUAGAAAAAAACGACAAGAAAAUAAUAAUCAUAAUUUUACUACCUGGACGAGUAUCGUAUCGAAUGAAAUUUCUCCCAUUAGCGUAUAGUUGUAGAAAUGGCAAAAAGACACGGCAGUUAUGACUCUUUUUGAAAUCAUCCAACUGUUGCGAAGAGAGAAAACGCUAGAAGAAUUUUUAUAGUCUUCUAAUUUGUCGAAUGUGGCGUCGGCUGUUAGAAAAUUGCUGUACAUUUCCCUCACAAAAGCUGAACCUAUUAGAGAAAUACGAGGGAUAAUAACAAUACACAACAGUCGACGCUAGUCAAAUCUAUAUUGUACUUACUACUUUCUAAACGACUCCUAUUAAUAGCUUUCAGUUUUUCAUUUCUGAAAAGAAACGUUCUUGAUAUCACUAAUUGUGAAUAGAUAAGGAAAAUCGAAUAUAGUUAUCGAUGACCGACAGCGUCCUCUUCGCUCUUUUCCUAUUGUUCUUGUAGUACUUUUUCACGUCGUUGAACGUAUACAAGAAAGGAUUUAUAACAGAGUUGAUGGGCAGAAUCACUGUUAGCAAUGUAGUAUAGAUUUCUUUUGAAAUGACCAAUUUAAAAAACACUGAAUAGAUUCCU